AUGGCGGCGGCAGCGGUGGAGGUAUAUCAGCUGCAGGGCCGGGUCGACGCCUUGGAGGGGCGCGUCUACGGGGCGCCCGUGGGGAGUGAAGGCUCGGCGGGGGCCCGCAAGAUAGCAGAUGGCUUGGUUAAAGUCCAGGUGGCUUUGGGGAACAUGGCAAGCAAAAGAGAGCGAGUUAAAAUUCUUUUCAAGAAAAUUGAAGAUGUCAUAAAAUAUUUAGAUCCCCAAUACAUUGAUCGAAUGGCUAUUCCAGAUGCUAUGAAGCUGCAAUUCAUUUUAGCAGAGGAGCAGUCCAUCCUGGCCCAAGCAGCACUUCUGGAGCAAGUCAACAGCCUGCAGCCUUAUUUGGACAGUGCACAUAUCAAAGCUGCUCCUGACCAUGCUACCAAGCUGCAGAGGCUUUCACAGAUCCACAUUCAGCAGCAGGAUCAAAGCGAAGCAGUGACUGAGAACGUCCGGUUCCUCCUAGAAGAUUACAACAAAAUGACUCUUCUCCUUUCUAAACAGUUUGUCCAGUGGGAUGAAAUGCUGACCCAGCUCGAAGCAGCAAAGCAAGUCAAGCCUGUGCCCGAGUGAGGGCAGAGUGGCAGCCGGGUAUCAGCUGGCUCCUGUAGCUUUCUAGCAUCCUGCUCUCAUAUUCCCCUUGAAUGUAGCAGAGGCCCUGCUGGUGGUUCUUAGAAAUGAUAUCAUGGGUAUUAAUCCAUAAGCCACAUUUUCUCCUUUCCUGGCCUUACUAUGGGGCUCAAUGUGUGUAUAUAUUUCUUUUCCAGCUUAUCAUUUCCUCUUUAAUUUAUUUUAUUCAACCAAUAGGUUGAAGGAGCACGAUCUGUCACACUGUGGACAACAAUAAAAUCCUAACAACCCCCA